AUGACCAAGGUUCUGUUGACUGGUGGCUCGGGCUUUAUUGCUGCCCACGUCCUCGAGCAGCUCCUCGCCAAGGGCCACACCGUGGUCACCACCGUCCGGUCCGAGGACAAGGCGCAAAAGAUCCGCGAAGCCUACCCCGACAAGGCCAGCAGCGGCGAGCUCAAGGUGGUCAUUGUCCCGGAUAUCGCCAAGCUGGAUGCUUUCGAUGAGGUCGUGAAGGAGCCUGGUCUUGAGGUUGUCUUGCACACUGCUUCGCCCUUCCACUUUAAGUUCCAGGACCCCAAGACCGAACUCAUCGACCCCGCCGUCAACGGCACCACGGGCAUCCUCAAAGCCCUCGCCCGCUCCGCGCCCACCGUCCGCCGCGUCGUCAUCACCUCCUCCUUCGCCGCCAUCAUGGACGAAGACAAGAUCACAGACCCCAACCACACCUUCAGCGAGGACUCAUGGAACCCCGUCACCAUCGACGACAUCCACCGCCACCCCAUGACUGCCUACCGCGCCUCCAAGACGCUCGCCGAGAAGGCCGCGUGGGAUUUCGUCAAGGGCCCUGCCAACAACGUCAAGUUCGACCUAGCCACCAUCAACCCGCCCAUGGUCUUCGGGCCCGUGGUCCACCACCUCGCCAGCCUGAGCAGCAUUAACACCAGCAACGAGCGCAUCGUCGAUCUGCUGCAAGGUAAGUGGAAGGAAUCAGGCGUGCCCUCGACGGGCGCCGCCACUAUCUGGAUUGACGUGCGCGACGUCGCGAGGGCGCACAUUCGCGCUGGACUUGAAGUUCCUGAAGCUGGAGGGAAGAGACUGUUUACCACGGCGGGAACGUUCAGCAAUAACGAGAUUGCGAGAAAUGUGCGCAAGAACUUCCCCGAGUAUGCGGAUAAGGUGCCCGAGGAGGGAGGAGAGGGGUUGAAGGAUGGGGAGCUGCCGCCGGCUGAUAAGCGGUUCAAGAUUGAUAAUAAGCGGACGAACGAGCUGUUGAAGAUUGACUUUAUUAGCGUGGAGCAGAUGGUUGUUGAUACGGUGAGGAGUUUGAAGGAGCAUGGUGCGUGA